UUCGGUUCCGCUGCCCCUGGUGACACCCUGUAUCCAGCUGUACUCCAACCUCGGUUUCUCUCCCCCGUUUCGCAAAUAUAGACUUUCCCUUUCUGUUUCGCCCUCUCUCACCAAAACACUACUUGCUCUGUUUCUCCCCUCCUCCAUGAUCCCCCUCCUUCCUCCUUCCCUCUCUGCACAUUGCACUCCGCCGGAUCUUCUCUCCCUCCCCGCCCUUUCCUGACCUUCCCUCCUUCCUCAUUACAUUUCUUUGCCCUCAUGGAUCCUUGCCCUUUCGUGCGCCUCACCGUCUCUAAUCUCGCCCUCAAGGUUCCUGUCGCUUCCAAGCCCGCUCCUUCCCUCGUCCAUCCCUCCUCCUCUCCCUGCUACUGCAAGAUCAGACUCAAGAAUUUCCCUCUUCAAUCCGCCCUCGUCCCCUUCCUUCCUUCCGACCACACUUUCCCCGACUCCCAUGUCCUACAGGUCGCCGCCACCUUUCACCUCACCAAGUCCGAGCUCGACCGCCUCGCCGCUAAAUCCUUCUUCGCCGCCAGGCCCUGCCUCAAAAUCUCCAUUUACACUGGCCGCAGGGGCUCCACUUGUGGGGUCAACUUGGGCAAGCCCUUGGGGCGGGUGUCCGUGCCCCUGGAUCUUGCGGGAACGGAGACCAAGGCUGCUGUCUUCCAUAACGGCUGGGUUGUGGUGGGCAGGGAAACCAAGGGCUCUUAUGCCCAGUUUCAUUUGAAUGUCAGGGCCGAACCCGAUCCCAGAUUCGUUUUUCAGUUCGAUGGCGAGCCCGAGUGCAGUCCUCAGGUUUUCCAGAUCCAAGGCAACAUUAGGCAGCCCGUCUUCUCGUGCAAAUUCAGUUUUAGGAACACCGGUGACCGGAACCAGCGUUCCAGAUCUUUACAGUUAGACCCGGGCAGCUCUAGAAGCUGGUUAACCUCGUUCGGAAGCGAGCGAGAGCGGCCUGGUAAAGAACGAAAGGGAUGGUCUAUUACGGUUCACGAUCUCUCGGGGUCGCCGGUGGCUGCCGCGUCCAUGGUCAUGCCGUUCGUCGCCUCUCCCGGUUCAGACCGAGUCAGCCGUUCGAACCCUGGCUCAUGGCUUAUUCUUCGGCCAGGCGAUGGUACAUGGAAGCCUUGGGGAAGACUCGAAGCUUGGCGCGAGCGUGGUAGCGCCGACGGCCUAGGCUAUAGAUUCGAACUUAUGCCAGACACUAACGGCGCCGUUGGGGCCGCCGGUAUCGUCCUCGCCGAGUCCACAUUGAGCUCAAAGAAAGGAGGAAAGUUCAUAAUCGACCUUGGCAGUGGCAGCUCGAACGGCCGCGCUACCCCGGGAAACUCGACGUCUCCGGCGUGCAGCCCGAGGAGCAGCGGCGAUUUCGGAUACGGUUUGUGGCCGUAUUGCAUGUACAGAGGGUUCGUGAUGUCGGGGAGCGUGGAGGGUGAGGGAAGGUGCAGCAAGCCUACGGUGGAGGUGAGCGUGCCGCACGUGAAUUGCACGGAGGACGCAGCGGCGUUUGUGGCGUUAGCGGCAGCCGUUGAUCUGAGCAUGGACGCUUGCAGGCUUUUCUCUCAACGGUUGAGGAAGGAACUAAACCAUGUGCAGGAUUUGGUAGGCUGAUGAUCUGGAAUCUUCGUUUGUCGUUUCGUGUUUUCGGCACCCCCGUCGUUUUUUAAAUUUUGUGUAGUGGGGUUGGUCGUUUUGACUGCUUGUGAGGCAUUUUAUUUUAGCUCACUAACAAACAAUUUACAGGCUGUACAGGGAGAGGGAGAGUGUUUAGAGGCUCCGAGCUCGCUUUGUCUAUUGUUUUAUUUAGGGUGUGGCUUUGUAUUGAUUUUCCCUUUUAAGUUUUUUUUCGUUCGCAAUGGGAAAUCAUAUGAAAAGCUUUUUUUUU